AUGGCCUGUUUCAAUCUAACUAUACUCUGGCGAAAUCGAGGCAACUUCAAUGACAAGUGUGUAGAAAAAGUCCAAGAACUUAAUGGUACGGCUUACAAUCCCGGAACGCAUUGGUUAUCUGGACCUUUUAAACGGCAGUUCGGUCCCGGCACUGGAGCUGGAACUGGGAGCGGGACUACGCCUGGAUCUGGGGCUGGAACUGGGGGCGGGACUACGCCUGGAUCUGGAGCUGGAACUGGGGGCGGGACUACGCCUGGAUCUGGGGCUGGAACUGGGAGCGGGACUACGCCUGGAUCUGGAGCUGGAACUGGGAGCGGGACUACGCCUGGAUCUGGAGCUGGAACUGGGAACGGGACUACUACGCCCGGAGGCGAUUCCGAAUUGCAGUCGGUUACAGAUGAAGUUCGUGAUGCUUGCAAACAUGCUGUUCUUGGGUUUUUGAUUUUUGCAACUGUACUCGAAGCUGUCAUGAUUUUGUGGACGUUCUAUUUCUCGAGUAUAAUCUCGCGUUAUGCUGAACAAUUGCAGAAUCAAUCAAAGACAUAUCCGCACCACCGAUUGAAGAGCGAAAUAACAAGCACUAAACGUGCGAUUCCUGCAGUCAGUUCUACCAUCUCUCGAUCGUCAACGUCAAGUGAUGCUAGUAACGAUAAUGAUGAGAAGAGAAAUCCGCGUACGGAUUUGUGA